UUCCAGCAACACAUUUUUCAGCUCUGUUCUCCAGCAUCUGCAGUCCUCACUUUCUCCCAGUCUGUGUACCACUGAUCAGUAAGGUUAGGAGCCAUCAAUGGUCAGGUUUGUUUUUCCCCUCUUGGCCCUCUCUUACCCCUUCCUCAAUUUCACCUCCCUGUCGCAUCCCCUACCCUGAACACAGUGCCUGCUGCAAAUAAGGAAGACUUAACAUUUUGAAAAAUUUAGUCUAACAAAAAUUCUCGACCCAUAAUCCGAGGGUUUUCAUCUUUGGUACAAUCCUGUCAAACAACAGCAAGUGUAUAUUCACAGCUGAGCGAAAAUCAGUGGGGCUAAGGGAACUGUUUCUGUGCCAUGGUAACAGUGAGUCACCCUCUGUGACCUCAAGUGAAGUGGGCCAAAAGUUGAAGAGAAGCACUGACCUUCACCACAUCCCAACGCUUAGGGAUGUCUUCAUGGCCCCCAUCUACCCAAAUCAAAUAAUUAUCCAGUUUGUCAGGGAUGAUGCAAAGGAGAUCCCAGCAUUGCUGCCUGGUGUAUACACUUUCCCAGAUGCUCACAUCGUAUUUUAGUUGACUCUUUCUCACACAGGGUUGUUUUAACCUUUAGAACUGUCCUGGGAUGAAACCUGUGAUAUUUCUGCUCUCUCUGAGAUUAGCACUGCACCUGCAAGUACCAGCUCCUGUGAGCUUUGCUCAGUCAAUUCUUAUUUCCUGAGACUCUUGACGACCCAAUCUCAGAAAUAACCAGGAAAACAGAUGUCUCGUUCUUUUGCUUCCUGUGUAAUUUCAUUGUCUGUGUUAGCCAUAAUAACUGGUCUUUAUUCCCCUCGGAUAUUCACAGGGGCCACUUUUACCUCUGUUUGUAAAACAUCACACUUACACAACCAUCAAAGGUAAACGCACUAACUCAGAAUAGCGGAGAUGUGUAGUCAGGGUUUCCUGAGUGGAAGAGUUGAUGUGGAUCAUACUCAGAUGUUUAUUUCUCUCUCUCUUCACUGGAGAUCCACUAUUGAGGUUUCUCCUUCGUUUGUUAUACUAUAAUUUGAAGGAUGAAUUCCACAUCUCCCUUGUGGCUGGUUUAACAAAAAGAUACUAAGCAAUUAAGACAGACUUCAAUGAAAACAUGCAUUUUGUAUGACCCAGCUUCCAGUGCUCUGAGCUUUAAAUGAAUAGCUUUCUGUUCUAAGUGGCCAGAACAAACCAUGAACUUGCUAGUUGUCUCAUUGCAGGUUUGUCAAAAGGCUGGCGAGAUUGCCAUGUUGAAACAGCAACUCCAAGACUCUCAAGCGGAGGUGGCGGAGAAAUUGAGUGAAUUAUUCAGCCUCAAGACGCUGCUGCGUGAGGUCCGGCUGGAGCUUUGUACCAAAGAUGAGCAGUUGUUACUGUUAAAGGACUCUCUGCAAGCACAGUCCGUCCAGUUGGCUGAGAACACUAAUGCCCUACAGCAACAGGAGGAAGCCAUGCUGCUCCAGGAAGCCUCCCUGAGGAGGAACGGAACAUCUGAAGAGCUGAAGGCCUUCCUGAGUGGGCAGACGGACGAUCUGAAGGCCAAAGGCCUUCAGGAGGACAGUGCUCAAGCCCUGGCCCUCCAGGUUGAGAGGCUGAAGGCGGAGCUGCUGUUGGAGCGCAGGCAGUGUGAAGCCCAGGCUGCCAGCUUUGAACUGGAGCGGAGGACCUGGCAGGAUGAGAAGGAGAAGGUCAUACAGUAUCAGAAACGCCUGCAGUCCAGCUACUUAGAGAUGUACCAAAGAAACCAAGUCCUGGAGCAGGAGGUUCAGGAGAUAGCUGCCAAAAUGGAACUAACAGACACUGAGGGCAAACACAACCUUCCGUGGAUAGAGAGAAUCGAAUCCUCUGAAAUCUGACAGCUUCCAAGCAAUGAAACUGUUAUCAGUCAACAUCCAUAUAUCUGAAAGUUCAUUUAAGAGAAAAUCUGACUCAUGUGGGAUUCCUCAACCAGGGGAUGGUUGUAGCUUUUGGUGCAAUUAUGCUAACUUGGUGCAUGCACAACGAGGGGAUUGUAUUCUUGGGAAGUGUCUGUUUUCGGAAGUGGGAGGGGUAGGGGAGUAGAGCUGUGGAACAAGAGCCGAAGAAAUUGGAACUCUUGGUUCCAUCUGUUUUUUGAAAAGUCACCUAUUCGGCCAGGUGACUGGAUAUCUCUCAGCUACAGAGAAUGCUGCAGAUAACUCUUCAUUAGUUACAAACAUGGCUCACAAAAGCCAAUUUUGUGUUCAAACCCAGAAUGCUUCAGGAUGUGAAAUGAUCAAAGGCCAUUAUUUUUAUACAUUCAAAAAAAAUUGUAUGUUACCAUCAUCGCAAAGUGAUAAGUUAGUGCAAUUUCUUAAACCAGUCAUUUGAGUCAGAAAUUAGUUUAAAUUCCCUUCUCUGCAGAUUAAAAGCUGCAGUGAAAUUAACCUAGUUGUUAUGUAGUGACACUGAUUUUAGUUUUUUCAAAAAAUUAUAAUUGUUUAAAUAUCUCUGUAGGCCAAUGAAAAAUUUUCAAAAUCUUGUGUUAUGAGUCCAGCUGAUGAUGUUAUUGGACAGUUCAGAUCCCAGAUUGAAAUCUGGCUUGAUGGGUUGUAUUUUGUGUAGUUUUUUUAAAAAACUGAGGUGAUCUUUCACUGAAACACAAGCAGGCAAUGCUGCACAGUUCGCUUCAAAAGUACAGCAAGGGUUUUAUGCAAAUGAGGGAUGAAGAAAACUAUAGAAUAAACCAAACUAUUUCCAUAUAACACAAGUUUAAACAUUUCAAGACGCAGUAAGUUGUAAUCAAGUUAGUUGUAAUAGCAUUCCUUCAUCAUACACUCACCAGAGAGAAGCCCUUGUCUACCUCCUCCAAAGGACUUGGAUUUACCUAACCUUCAGUUAUCAGUCUCCAGAAUCUAAUAACCUUCUCCUUCAGUCCACUGAUAUUAAGAGUUUCUCAGCUUUAAGGUUUUAACCAAACACUUCUGGUCUGGACUUUCCAAACUAACUUCUUACACUGAGGUAACUUAUUUCUUAACAGUUCUGAACCCUCCCCCCCCACCUUCUU